CGCACGCCUCCUCUAAUCAAUGGAGCGCGGCCACGACUCAUUCUACACGGCCAAGCGCUGACGAGACUGCUGGAGGCUCCAGGACCCAGGUGCUGGCCCAUCGCCCGCCCUACUGCCACUGCCAGAGACACAGACGGUCGCGGAAAACACCGCGGCUCCACCCAGCGUGCACUCUCGACAUUGGGCAUAAGGUCCAUCCUGGCUGCUUGGCUAGCCUGGUUUGAGACGAGCGACCCGUGGUGCACGACGCCGCCAUGCUCCAGCACGCCUCUCCCGCGCAGCAGCAGCACCGGACGGUUGUCUCCCUGGCCGACUCGAUCCGCGCUCUUCGCGACCAGCGCCCCCUCGCAACGGACGUGCCGGCCACCGAGCAGCAGCAGCAGCAGCAGCAGCAGCAGCGCACUCGCGCAGGGCGCCGCAAGCAGGUCCCGACCGUUCUGAAGACCGCCGCACACGCAGUACCCGCCCACAGCGACGAGCCCCGGUCGCCGCGAGAGCGACUCGAGCGCCUCCUCGAGGAAGAGCACAACCACAGCACCGCUGCACCGCCGACAGCCUUCACCUCCUCCCCGCGCGCCCUCCCCCCGCCCGCGCAUACACCCCAGCUGCGACACGCCGCCUCGCCCUCGCUGCCCACCACCUCACCCUCGCUGCCCACCGCCUCACCCUCGCUGCCCACCGCCUCGCCCGCCAUGCCUCCCCCCUCGCGGCCCUUCCGCCCCGAGGCAAAGCCCACGGCACCCCCGCGCAACCUCUCCAUCGACUCGGCCGCCUCGUCUGUCACCUCAGGCGCCUCUGCUGCUCCACGAGCACCGGCCGGCCACGCCUCACGACCGUCUCAGGACGUGAGCACCGCCAACCCCCCGGACAUGGCUGCCCUCAUCGUCGCAGCAGGCUCGCCUGAAGCAGCCCUGCACGCCAUGUGGAGGGAGAAGCAGGGCCAGGCCAGCCACAACCAGCAGCUCUGGCGCCUGGUCGAGAAGCAGCGCGCCAUGGUCAUUGGGCUGCAGAAGGACCUCGAGCGUGCACUGAAGGACAAGGACCGCUACCGCAAGAAGGUGAAGGAGUACGCUGAGCAGACGCCGCCAGUGCCCGGUGCAUUGGCGAGAGCUGACACGUUCGACUCUGUCGUGGGACGUGAGCACAGCGAAUCACCAGCACCCAGCGACAGGCCGGAGGAGCCUGUCAGACCAGCUGAGCCAGCUCCCGCCGAGCACAAGGCUGCCGCCGAGACACAAGCGCAGUUUGCGACCCAGUUGUGUCCGGACUCUCAGCUGGCAACAUCGCCCUCUCAUUCCUCGGUAGCGUCACCCACCACAUCGAGCAUCAACUCAGCAAUCCACUCGCCAACCGACUACUCGGUCAAACCUCUUGUGCUUGGCAGCAAAGGACUGGGUCUGAACGUUGCCCUGCAUGAGAACACGCUCGACUCGCAGAUCACGGACAAGGCCCCACGGUCUGUAACCCCACCGAGCCCUGAUGCUGCUACAUCGUCAGGUUUCAACGGGGCGACGUUGCAGCCACAGCUCGCCGUCAUCCAAGCGACACCAGAGCUUCGCGGUGGGGGCUUCAGCUCUCCCCCACGAAAGCCAGCACAGCCUCUGCGCAAAGCACCUCCUGCCCCUCUGAACCUCUCGAAGCCAGUCACAACAAGCGCACACCUGCGUCAGGCGAGCCACGACUUGGAUGAUGACUCCGACUACGACGACACUCUGGAAGUGGAAGAGAUACCGGUCCUGGCAGAAAGGGGGAGAAGAAAGACACGCGAGGACGAUGAUCGUGCCCGCGAAGUCGUAGUGUUGAAGGACGAUGAAGCUAGGAGCAAGUCCGCGAAGAAGAUGAGUGAAAGUAAGGGCAAGUCAAAAUCGACGCCCGUCGAAGCUUCCACAGACGACCCCGUGCCCCAGAUGGCUGCGAUGUCACAGUCUCCUCGCCAAUUUAAUCCCCUUCAGGCCGGCCUGCCCCUGUCCCCACGUCACCCUCCAGCAGGCUCGCUGAAUGCUUUGCUCAGCCCUAUGGGGUCGGACAGUUCGAUGAUAGCAAACAGAAGUGCCUUUGUUUCACCCUUACUGAGCCCUGGUUUGCCCACCAGUCCUCGUCCUGGAGACAGACCUCCCGGUUCACCGUUGCCAAGGAAUCCCAAACAAUCAAUAGCAUCCCCACCCUUGUCUCCAACGGCAGUGAUGCAGCCUGGUUCGCGGACCCUGCAACAGCCGGGCCCACUUCCACCAAACACGCCACAGUCAUAUCAGUCGCCUCCAGGAUCGCAAGCUGAGAAGCCUGUGCAGUCAAGGAGGAGCCCAGAUCUGUUGACGGUGUCCAAUGCGCAACCAAGCCCUGACUCGACAUCAAGCAGCCCGACCCUGAACGACAUCCCGGAUGCCGAGCACGUGUUCCGUGGGCUUGUCUCUGAACAGUAUCCGGGCUACUUGCUACCGCCGAACGCAUUGCCGUCGAUCGAAGUAAAAGUGUUCUCCUCCCGUCUGCGUCCAUCACGUCUAAGCAUCUUGGCACCCAGACCACAAGAGGAAGACCCUGUCUUUACUCUUGCCAUCUAUGCGCGAUCAAACAAUAAGCAACUCUGGCGCUUGGAGAAGAACAUUGCCUCUCUUCCGGCCCUUGAUGCGCAGCUGAGGUCUCUGUCGGAUUUCCAAGGGAGACUUCCCGAUCGCGCCGUGUUCAGCGGUCACGCUCCAGCUAGAAUCGAUGCCCGAAGAGCUGCUCUCAACCAGUACUUUGACGCAAUGCUGGACAUGAAUAUGAGCGAGCAGGCGGCUCGAAUAGUCUGCGAGUACUUCUCCACUGACGUCAUUGGUGCGCAGACCGGCGAUAGGCUAACACCCGAGCCUGCUCUAGCUCCCGCUGUCUCUGUUCCGCGUACCAAAGGAAACAAAGAAGGAUACCUUACCAAGCGGGGUAAGAAUUUCGGAGGUUGGAAAGCUCGAUACUUCAUUCUUGAGGGAUCCGAGUUCAGAUAUUACGAAGUUGAGGGCGGUGCGCACCUGGGAACGAUCAAGCUGCUCAAUGCCCAGAUCGGCAAACAGUCUCAACAACAGACGAACCAGUCACCACAACGCCAAGAAAACAGCGAAGACAAUCAAUAUCGGCACGCGUUCCUGAUCUUGGAGCCAAAGCGGAACGAUUCAGCAAGCCUUGUGCGCCACGUUCUUUGUGCGGAGAACGACGAGGAACGGGAUGCUUGGGUUGAUGCACUAUUGCAGCACGUAGACUACCGCGAAGAGACCUCUCCAGUCGACGCUAGACUUGCCGUGCCGCAGCGUCUGCAGAAGCCUCAGCACAAUAAAGUCUCCGACCGCUCACUGAGUCGUGACAGCCCGGACGUUGAUCAGCAAAACGACAAGCUUCGAAGUCUCAGCUACGACGACACUGUAGCAGCCGAGGCUCCUGUUCGCGGGCCCAACUACCGAGAGGUCAUGGGCAUCAAACCCACAACACGAUCUCCAAAGAAUGCAUCUUUCUCCCAGGACAGCAUGGGUCACUACCCUGCCAUCUCAGCGCCGAGCAACGCUACCCCUAUCCAAAACGCCGAGAACUGGGGGAACAAGCCUGCCACUGGUUCCACCCCAGUCAAGGAUAAGAAACGCAGCAUUUUCGGAUUCCGAGGUCGCGGUGGCUCUUCAGACCUUGCACCAAUACAGGUUAAUAACACGCCGCUGCAAUCCCUCGCAGAGUCACGGGGGGUGCCACAGAAUCGCAACAUUUUUGGCAUGACACUGCAAGAUGCGGUCGAGUUUUCGGAGCCUUUACGUCUCGGCGCCCAGUUGCCGUCAGUGGUCUCCCGCUGCCUUGAGUACCUGAAGGACAAGAAGGCGACCAAAGAGGAGGGACUUUUCAGGCUCAGUGGCUCUAACAUAGUCAUCAAGGGUCUGCGCGAUAGGUUCAACAAUGAGGGCGAUGUUCCGCUUGUCGAUGAGCCAUACACGGACGUGCAUGCAGUUGCUUCUCUCCUCAAGCUGUACCUGCGAGAGCUGCCAGCUUCUAUUCUGACUCGAGAACUCCAUCUUGACUUCCUCAAAGUUCUUGAUAUGGACGAGCGCAUCAAGAAGAUCCAAAGCUUCAACGUGCUAGUGCACAAGCUUCCCAUUGCCAACUUUGAGCUUCUCCGUCACAUGUCGUCUUUCUUGAUUGAGGUCGUGGACAACGCUCAAUCCAACAAGAUGACUGUUCGAAACGUUGGCAUCGUCUUUGCACCAACCUUGAAUAUUCCAGCACCGCUCAUAGCCUUCUUCUUGACCGACUUCUUGGACAUAUUCGGUUCGCCUCUUGACGAAGCAAGCUCUCCCAUCCACGAGAUUCGCGUCAACAACAAUCAUCUCGGAGAUGACGCUAUUCGCUCCCCGCGACGUCAGAUGUUCUCAGACCUGCCUACGCCGGCUUAUAACGAAACCACUUUCCAGCAACGCUUCGAUCGACGACCAUCUCAAUUUCAGGAUAGCAUGCCUCCGCCAUCAUACCCAGCACCGCAGCCCCCCCAGCAGCAGCAGCAGCAGCAGCAACAGCAGCAACAGCAACAGCAACAGGAGCGAGGUCGCAACGGCAGCUAUGACUCCGGUUUCAUCCCAAUGCGGCCAAGCUAUGACGCCCCUCAAUACGAGCAAGCUUACCAGAACGGUGACGGCUAUGGAAGUCUCAAUAGCGCUGUUCAGGGCAACUCGAGAGAACAACGACAGCGCCGACGCGAGAGUGGCAUGCUUCUCAUGAACAUGAAUAUGGGUGGCCAACGAAAAGGAUCAAACAGCUCCAUCACAUCCAGCAACCAGCGGAUUCGCGAAGAUGUACGCGCAAAUCCAAUGAUGGUCCGCGAAGAGACCGCAUUCGACUAAUUGACCUACCUCACGAUCUACUACAUUCUGUCUAAUUUAUGAUACCUAAUCCCGAAGACCCAGGACUGGAUCUAUGGGCUGUGGCAUCUAUCAUCGUUAUCUAUCCUUGUUCUUUGGUUCUAAGCAAGCGAGACAGACUUCAUCAUCGGGCGUUAUUGGGACAUGCAGCGUUACCGUUCUUUACAUAUUCUUCGCAUACCCGCUUGCUAGCUGCAAGCACUUUGUUUCCAUACGUUUCGGAGGUUCAAUUGGGUUUGGCCUUGGAACAGAAGGACUCGUUACUACUUAGCAAUUUUCGACGGCGCAUAGUGAUGGAAUACAUGACGAAUUGAUUUCACCCUUGGUGUCAGACUGCAGUGCGCGAGUUCGAUUGUUGCUACUAUAGUCCGCUUCAAUAUCAUGACUACUUCGC